ACGGCGGCAGCACCGUGCACCGGCCGCAGCCGCUGCCGCCCUCCACCAUGCACCAGGGCGGGCUGGCCGCCGCCGCCGCCGCCGCCGACUCGGGCUCUGCCUACGGCGCCCGGCACAGCUUCUCCAGCUACUCCGAGAGCUUCAUGAACGCCGCAGCCCCCGCCAACCACAUGAACCCCGUCAGCAACGGCCUCUCCCCGCAGAAGCAGGGUGCCCAAAACAAGAUGCAGUGCUCCCGCUGGAACCUCACCAUAGCCCUGAACAAUCAGGUGAUGAGCAUCCUGAGCAACCCCAGCGGGGUCCCUCCUCAGCCGCAGGCUGAUUUCUCCAUCUCUCCCCUCCACGGCGGCCUGGACAGCACCAACUCCAUCUCGGCCAGCUGCAGCCAGCGCAGCGACUCCAUCAAGUCCGUGGAGAGCCUCCCCACCUCGCAGUCCUACUGUCCCCCCACCUACAGCACCACCAGCUACAGCGUGGACCCCGUGGCCGGCUACCAGUACGGCCAGUACGGAAUUUUUGUGUUGUUUCCUGGGCCCCCUGUCCCGAUUUCUGUCACCCCGUUGGUGACGAGCUCUGCGCAGUUUGCCUCGGUGAUUAGCGCUGCCGCCGUGGAUUACCUGGCCAAGAACGUCAGCCUGUCCACGCAGCGCCGCAUGAAGCUGGGCGAGCACUCGGCCGUGCUGGGGCUGCUGCCGGUGGAGACGGGCCAGGCGUACUGAGAGCCCGGCCCCGCUGCUCCGAGCCCUCCGGAGAGCCCGCGGCCCCCGGGGAUCCUUCCCGACCCGUUCCAGCCCAGCCGCCAGCAGAGGGGAGCCGGGGGGGAGCUCUCCCGGAUCCUCCAGAGCAUUCCAGAGGCAGCUCCGGCCCCGGGCCGGGCUCCUCCUGUGGCCAGAGACAUCGGCUUGGGCGCAUUUAUAACCCCAGCCCUCCCUCCACAGCCCCUGGCCACGGCAUCCCCCACGCUCCAGGACUUUGCAUUCCCUCGGUAGCUGGCAUAGUCAAAGCCAAAUUGAGCGCUUUUUUUUUUUUUCUUCUUCUUCCUUUGUAAAAGAAACGCUUCAUUUUUGUUCCCUUUUCUUUCCGUCGCUGUAAAUUUGGUGAAUGUUGUAUAGCAAGGAAUAACCAUCUGAACGUUAAGGGUGAUGUAAAUCAGGACCACAGAAGACCUAUGGACCAAAUAUAAGGACUUGUUAAAAACAAACAAACGAACGAACAACAAAAAAACCACAAAGACAAAUGAAAGCAGAAAACUAUUCAAGGGACAGCAAAUUUCUCCAGGCCAGCCUACCCUCCCUUCUCACCUCCCCAAAGCAGGGCUGGACAGGCCAGAGCUGCUGAGCAGGGCCAGGAUGGAAUUCCAGCCAGCCCGGGACCUUCGGGAAACACGAACGGCUGCAGGAGGAGCAGAGACAAAGGGCACAGGAAACGUUCCCUUCUCCUCCCAGGGACCGAGCCAGACCCGCCCGUCACCGCCAGGACACGGCAGCAGCGCGGGGCCAGCGGGCACGGAGCUGGCCUGGCACCGGGAGGGGCUGAGGGACACGCUGGGGACACGGGCGGGGCUCCUGGUGGCCUUGCUGUCCCUGAGCCGGCCAGGAGCAAAGACAAGAGGGCAGGGCCGGGAACCAGAGAGCAGAGCCGGGAUCUGCCCCGGGAGCCACCUGGAAGGGAACUGGAGGGGCUGCCCUGGCCAGGGAUGGAUGUGAGCUGGGUCUGGGGGUGCCCAGGGAUGGAUGUGAGCUGGGUCUGGGGGUGCCCAGGGAUGGAUGUGAGCUGGGUCUGGGGGUGCCCAGGGAUGGAUGUGAGCUGGGUCUGGGGGUGCCCAGGGAUGGAUGUGAGCUGGGUCUGGGGGUGCCCAGGGAUGGAUGUGAGCUGGGUCUGGGGGUGCCCAGGGAUGGAUGUGAGCUGGGUCUGGGGGCGCUGCCCUGCCCAGGGUGAAUGUGGAGCCAGGACAGAGGAGCUGAGGGGUUUCUGCAGCAGCCAGGAUGGGAAGGUGCUCCCAGCUGCCCCUCCCCACACUGCAGGGAUGGGAUUCACCUUCCCGAGGCAUUCCUGUUAUCACUGCUGGGAGAAAGCU